GGCUCCCGGGCCGGGAGUAUCCCUCCGCCUCCAGCUCCAGCUCUAAACUGAGCGGCUCCUCGGGCGCACCAUGGCACAUUAAUAGUGUGCAGAGCGCGCCCAGGAGCCCAGCACCCCAGCUCCGCCCAGGGCCCGACUGCGGGUCCUGCCCAGCCCAGCCCGGCGCAGCCUGGCAUCCCCCGCUUCCAGCCCCCGGGGGCCGGCCGCGCGGGGCCCCCUCGCCCGCCUCCUUCUCAGCCUCUUUUCCUCCUCUGCCUUCUCGCCGCCGCCUCCCGCCGCUGCUGCCACCGCCGCGGCCAGGGAGCCUCUGCUGACAAACAGGUGACAGAAGAGACGGGAGUGUGUGCGAGUGUGUGUGUGUGUGUGUGCAUGUGGAUCGGUGUGCGCGCGCGCGCGUGCGUGUGGGUGUGCGCGUGUGGGUACAUACACCGGACAGACCCCGCGUCCCGGAACCACGGCCAGAACCCGGAGGAAUAAGCCGCUCUUCUCGCCUCUUCCCUCGGGUCCCGCCGAACGUUUCUAGAGGCUUAAAAAAGAAAGACAAGAAAUUGAUCUCCAUCCUCCGGGGGAGCCUGGCCCGCGCCCCGCCGGGGUUCGCGCGUCGUCUCCUGGUCGCGGGGAAGAGCGAAGCAGACCUCCGAGCUCCCCGGACCCCCGAGUCCGCGGCCAGCCCCGUGUCGGCGCCCCAUGGAUAUAGCAACAGGUCCCGAGUCUCUGGAGAGGUGCUUCCCCCGCGGACAGACUGACUGCACCAAGAUGCUGGACGGCAUCAAGAUGGAAGAACACGCCCUGCGCCCCGGGCCCGCCACCUUGGGGGUGCUCCUGGGCUCGGACUGCCCGCAUCCCGCCGUGUGCGAGGGCUGCCAGCGGCCCAUCUCGGAUCGUUUCCUGAUGCGAGUGAACGAGUCGUCCUGGCACGAGGAGUGUUUGCAGUGCGCUGCGUGUCAGCAAGCUCUCACCACCAGCUGCUACUUCCGGGAUCGGAAACUCUACUGCAAACAGGACUACCAACAACUGUUUGCAGCCAAGUGCAGCGGCUGCAUGGAGAAGAUCGCACCCACGGAGUUUGUGAUGCGGGCCCUCGAGUGCGUCUACCACCUCAGCUGCUUCUGCUGCUGCGUGUGCGAGAGGCAGCUCCGCAAGGGCGAUGAGUUCGUGCUCAAGGAGGGCCAGCUGCUCUGCAAGAGCGACUACGAGAAGGAGAAGGACCUGCUCAGCUCGGUGAGCCCCGACGAGUCCGAUUCUGUGAAAAGUGACGAGGAGGAUGGGGACGUGAAGCCAGCCAAAGGCCAGGGUGGCCAGGGCAAAGGCAGCGACGAUGGCAAGGACCCUCGGCGGCCGAAGCGACCCCGGACCAUCCUCACCACACAGCAGAGGAGGGCGUUCAAGGCCUCCUUUGAAGUUUCCUCUAAGCCCUGUCGAAAGGUCAGAGAGACGCUCGCUGCCGAGACAGGGCUCAGUGUCCGCGUGGUCCAGGUCUGGUUCCAGAACCAGAGAGCCAAGAUGAAGAAGCUGGCAAGAAGGCACCAGCAGCAGCAGGAACAGCAGAAUUCGCAGCGGCUGGGGCAAGAGGUCCUGUCUAAUCGAAUGGAAGGAAUGAUGGCUUCGUACACACCACUGGCCCCACCCCAACAGCCCAUCGUCGCCAUGGAACAGAACACCUACGGUAGCAGCGACCCUUUCCAGCAGGGCCUUACACCUCCUCAAAUGCCAGGUGACCACAUGAACCCCUAUGGAAACGACUCCAUUUUCCACGACAUUGACAGUGAUACCUCCUUAACGAGUCUGAGCGACUGUUUCCUGGGCUCCUCCGACGUGGGCUCCCUCCAGGCACGAGUAGGAAACCCCAUCGACAGGCUCUACUCCAUGCAGAGUUCCUACUUCGCCUCCUGAGAGAGAAGGGAGCCCCAGGGCUGGCCGGAGGGUCGAGGAGGUGGGCAGGCCAGCCGAGCUGCCCAGACAGACUCACAGCCAUACGGUGCCCGCCCUCCCCACGGUCCUGGCCGGGCCCUCCCAGCCGCUGGGGCUCCUGCAGCUCCUGGCCCAGCCCAGGAGGCCCGAGGUGCAGCCCGACUCCUGCGGCUCCCAGCGGGGCUGCCCCGAACAGAUGCCCGCAGAAGCCUGGGCCCUGGCGCUUUUGUUGCUGAUGGAGACCUAUCACCCCAAGGAACCCCCAGGCAGGGCACUUGGACAGCCUGGCCCCCCGCCCCUCUGCCUCCCCACCACACUCCCCUCUGCCCCUCCCAGGGGCUUCCUCGUCCUCCUCCUGGUCGUCCUCGUCCUCCUGUUCCCAGUCUUUUUUUGGAAGCUUAAAUUCGAUAUAUUUUUUUAAACCCCUUCCCCUCAUGAACGACACCCGCCGCGGCCCUGCCCCCAGCAAGGGCCCUGCCCCCAGAGCACCCCUUCCCUGGCAGAGGCCCUGCCCCUCACUGCAUGCCCCAGAACUCUUCCUUGUGGACAAGUUGCCAGUCAGCCUGUGAGAAGUGACCGUCUCUGUGCCGCGGCGCGCUCUCCCCUCCCUCCUUCCUCCUCCUCACCUCCCCUGCCGGGGUCAGGCCUGGCCGCUGGGCCCAGGAGUCUGGCUAUGGGUUUCCCUUCGGAGACCCCCUGGCUCUGGGUCCCGUAAAGCUGCCCCUCGGGGGCAGGACGGAGCUGGGAGACCGGCAUUUCCCAGGUGCAUUUCCCUUCCCUCCCUCCCCUUCCCUCCUUGAAGAAGCCCGCCUCGUUUCCCAGGGGGACAGCGUGUGCCUUAGGCACUGACCUCUGCACCUGGACUAGAAUGUUAGAACAAAUCUAGGGAACCCGGUCCCGCCGGCCGCCUUCUUACAGAGGAGGAACCGGCCCAGAGAGGAGCAGCAAUGGGGCCGUUUGGGGGGGAGUGGCCCUGGGGCCUAGACUUUCCUGGCGCCCCCUCCUCAGUCCCCCAGGGCUAGGGAGAGGGAAGGGGUCUGUAUGGGCAGAGCUGCAGGACAGGACGCAGGAGGGAGGAGUGUGGCCCAGGCUACCUGAGGCCGGGGCCCAGGGAUGGAGGGCCUGCACGGCUCCCUCCAAAGGGACUCAGCUUUUCCUUCAACUUCCCUUCUCCCCGCAGCCCUCCUUCUUCUCCUUGGUCCUGCCCCCCCCCCCCAGCUUCCCCAGAGCACAAACCUGCAACGAGGCUCCGGGCCCUGGGGAGGAGUGUCCCAGCUGGGAAGGACCCUGGGAGCUACAAGGAGAGAACCGCGAGCUCACCCUCACAGCCCACUUUUCUCCCCCAAGCAGGGAGGGGAGUCCCAGAUUCCCGGCAAUGCGAAGGGCCUAUCAGGGCUCAGACACAGCGCCCUCCCACCAGCCUCUCUGUCUGACCUGGGCUUGGGGGGCCGGGCAGGGGAGGCAGUGACCCAGCAGCAGUCCCCAGCCCGGCGGGAGAGAGUGCUAGAGAAGGAAGAAGUAAAUCCCGUGGCUCGAGGGUUCCAGCCUCAGACUACCCGACCUGGGCAGAGAAGAAGGAGCCAGGACAAAGAAAGGGGCACAUUCUUUAGGGAGAAACCCGGGGCACAGAGAGCGAUCUGGGACACCGAACCUCAGAACUGGGAGGGACGUCAAAGGACCUCUAGUCCAACUCCUUCCGGAACGGGAAUUCCCCACUUCACUACCUCCUAAUUAGGAAUUUUUUCUUUAAAUUUUCCUCUUUGCAAUUUCUACCCAUUGCUCUUAGUUCUAUUGCCAAACAGGAGAAUCUAAUUCCCCUUCCAGUGAGAGCACUCCAAGUACUUGAAAAUGGCAAUUGUAUUCCCUUCUCCUUCCCCUUCCCCUAGCCUUCUUCAGACUAAACAUCACCUGUUCUCUGAGUGGACCCUUAUCUGGCAUGACCUCCAGCCCCUCAGCAUCCUGUGCACUGUUCUCUGAAUUUGCUUGUCAGUGACUCUCCUAAAAUGGGGCAUUCUGAACCAGACCCAAUGCCCGUGUCCAGUCUGGCCCCAGCAGAGGGCUAUGGCCCCCUCACUCUCUUUUCAAUAGUGGGCUUCUCUUUAUGCAGCCUCAGAAUGAAUUAGCCAUAUUGUCCAAGAGUCCAAUAAACCAAACCCCACCACUUUUUACACACACACACACACACACACGCACACACACACAGCCACUUGGAUUUUUUUUUACCCCAAAAAAGAACUUUACAUUUCUAUUAAAUUUCAUUUUAUUAGAUUUGACUCAGUGUUCUAGGUUUUCAAGGGGUUUUUUUGGAUAUUGAUUCCGGGUUACAGGCUUACCUCUCCCUCCCAGUUAUGCCAGCUUUCUCUUCUAUUGACUCAUUCAGAUCAUUGAUAAAAAUGGCAAAUGUCAUGGGACCAAGGACAGAGCUCAAGAAGAUUCCACUGGGGACCUCUCUCCAGGCUGACAUCCAUUAGUGACGAUUCUUUGGGUUUUGUUAUUCAACUAGUUUACUAGCAUCCAAUCUUUUGUCAAAUGUUUGGGGGGAAAUCCAGGUACAGUAUACCUGUAGCAUUUCCUUGAUCCACCCAUCUACUAACCCUGUAAAACAAAGAAAAAGUGAGGUGAGUCAGAUAUGAUCUAUUUUUGAUAAGUCCUUGCUGGUUCCUUUUCAAUUGCUCAAUUCAAGCAUUAUGCACCUACAGUAUUUUGUGCUAAGCAAUGGGGAUACAAAGAAAGAAAUAAACAGUUCUUGCCUUCAUGGUACUUUUAGUGGCUCGUGGACCAAUUUUUUAGUAAUAUAUUCUAAAAUUUGGCCAGCAAUUAAAUUUAAUAUUACUGCCCCAGAAUGAAACCUAUCCUAACCUUUUCCCUAAAAAAGGAAAUAUUUGCUUAUUUCCAGACCUGUGUAGCUUUCUCAUCAAGAUUUUUUAAAAAUCAGCAAUGACUCAAUAAUUCUAUCUCCAAGAAUCCUAAAAUGUAGAUCUUCUGGGUCUCAUAAUUUGAACCCAAGGAGAGCAGCAAGAUAACUCUCUUUUUAAAAAUUAGUGUUAUCUUUGGUUUUAUAUCACCUUCAUUUCUGAAGAUGUCCUUCCUUAUUCCCUUACACAAUAAGCCAGGCUUUGAAACAAGGAAUAAAAGAGAGGAGGGAAAAAGCAAUUCUAUAGAACUUAACAAUUUGCCAACCUAUUUUAAGGUAUUUCCAAGGGCUGAGCCUGGAAUCUGGAAAACCUGAGUUCAAAUCUAGUCUCAAAUACUUAACUAGCUGUGUGGUCUUGAGCAAGCCACU